AUGAUCAUUUCACCGUGUUUUAUAUCGCUAGUCGAUGAGGAAGAUAAGCCGCUCCUUGUUUAUGUUCCAUCAGCUCUCGAGAAAGAUGUGAACACGGUUUUAAAAUACAACGUUCUCUGUAAUAUGGCAUUGGACUACUUCGAGAACCAACUCUUCAAAUGGAGUUCACUAGAUACAAAACCUGAUAUAAAAUUUUUGUUUGAUUUAGAAGGGAUUGCUGCAUAUGGUUUAGUUAUACAACAAGUGGGUCUGAAGGUAAUAGUUGGCUUUUCCAACGAGAUCAAACCAAAUGGACUUAAUGAUGACAAUAUUGAUGAUGUAUUCACCAAGAUUAAAAAAGUGUAUCUGAGGGCUAAACUGAACCCGUUUGUGACAGAUACCAGUAACGCGAAUCUGGCUGUCAGGUUGAAAGAGAAGUUCGGUGAAGAGUUUCCCUGGACUAACACAGUCAAUCCCGUCUGA